AUUAUCGUUUACUUAAAAAUGUUAAGGCAACGGGUUUCCUCAGUUUUUUUAAGUUAAGUCAACUUAUCAAUUUUUACAGUGUAUAAACAUUUAAACAAAUGCCCAUACUCCUACACACCUUUGUGGUCAUCAUGUUUGUAAGGCUAAAUGCACGGCAAGAUACAAUCAGAAAAAAAAGUGCUUUGCAUUUCAACAUCACACAAUGAAAAGAGUCCAUUUUGGUGGAGAUCAGUGAUGUAAUGCAAAUUGAAAUUCCAUUGAAUAGCAUUUACUGUGAUCACCAUCUCAUCAUCAUCAUCAUCAUCCUUUUUUGCUGAAGUUGUUAAACUUCUUCAGUAGGGUACAAUUGAAAUCAAGCAUAAUAUUGCUUGAAAUACUGCAAUAUAUACUAUUUGCACUGUUGCAUUUGAGUUUAAAUUAGCCAAGCGAAUCAGCAAAAUAUGUAGCACUGGUAUAGAACCAGAGGUGUAGAUAAAUUGUGGUCUACUGUGGCAGACUAUCUUUUGCCCAGUUGCCUCCCUCCAAACAUGAGUGAUACUUGCAUACUUAUCAUUCAGGAACCUUACAGACACAGGACACUCUAGAAGGUUCCUGUUGCUCAACAUCACUUUCAAUGAACACAAAGAGUCAAAUAAGCAACUAUUUAAAUUGUUAACCAAAGAGAGUACAUUAAUGGGUGUGCAUGAGUUAUUUCAUGCUUUAAAAAGAAAACGUACAUUAUGUGUCAUAAACUUAAAAGGCCUAAACUUAGUAAAGGCCUACAUGCCCUGCCACUAAGUAACAUAGGAAGUUAUGGUCUUCAUUAAGGCGACAUUUGGUAAAUCAGCAAAUUGUUAUUGGUUACAUUUGUGCAACAUCUGCCUGAAAAAACAAACAAACAAAAAAAAAAACCCUGAUGUGAAACAGAGACAAGCUUAACAGUAAUUAUCUGACUUGUACUGCUUACUGAUGCCGAUACGAACUGUGUUUCCCCUUCCUCUGUAUCACAGAGCAACAUUGAUGCAACUUCCCUGUGUCAAGUCUUCUAAGUCAUUGCCCUUUGAAAAAGCUGUCGAGCUUUCAUGGUAAACAAGGCUGCUAUAACCAGUACAUGUGCACUGCAGUCCUGAAAUAUUAGACCAACACCAAACCCACACCACCAUCAUCCAGGUGUUUAACAGAGUGCAUUUAAUACAGCACUGGAUGGUUGUAGUCUUUGAUAGUGAACUAUAAAGAAUAUAGAGUAAGUAGCAAUAAUGUUCAUAUUUGUCACAGUUUUCACCUCAAAGUUUUUGUGACAAGCUUUUGAAGGUGUUAAAGGGCGGUGUUGGUGGCAGAAGAAGAAACCAGGAAAUGCUCACAUAGUGUUUAAAAUAGGCAGUUUAGUUUCUCUACCACAGAACACAGACGACUCAGCAUUUAACGUCUAUGUGAGAGAAGCUUAGUGCAGAGGCACUGAACGUAAUGAGGAACAGAACUAACUGAGAUGUUGUUUUAAAGGACCCUGAAAUACAGGUAAAUUUAGCAAAUGCUUCUCUGGAGUACAUUUAAAUUUUCAUAUUUUAAUCAGAAUACAAGAAAGGUAUUUGUAUAUUAAGAAGAUAUUAAGCAAAAACCAGGCAACCCAGUAGGUUAAUCUUUACUGCUUCAUGUAAAUGUGUGAAGUUACAUUAGGUCAGAGAUUGUAGAGCAAAACUAAAAGCUGUAUUUAGUUAAAAUGUUCAUGAACGAGGUCAUUAAAUGAUUAACACAUGCUUUUUUCCUCAACACAUUCUUUCGUUUACUGGAUUUAGUGGGGCCAUUAUGAUGUUGUUUAAUGUUGAGAUGUUUGUCUGAAAGUAGUGCAAGGUUUUGUACACUGUUUUGCAUUGACUACAUAUGUUUUUAACCUCGGACCUCUUGCUAUUGCAUUAAACUAAGACGCAGGCCUUUAGGGGAGAAGGAUGUGAAUGUUCAGUUUUGGUUUGUAGAUAGUGAAGAUACAUGGUGAGAUGCUGAUAUGCAGUGAAAGGAUGAGUGAGGUUGUGAGUUCACAGCUUAAACCAGAGCAGGAAGAAGUGUUCAAAGGAAACAGAUGAUCUACAGGAGGAAAUAUUGGCAACAAAGGAUGUCAUUGACACUGACAGGAGGGCCCAUGCAAACCAUUCCUAAUCAGACACGGCCGCCAGGAUCCAUCUUCAGCAUUAGACCAGAACAGAACGCAGCAUAUAUGCUACAAUUAGAUAUUAACAUUUGGAUAUAGAGAGGUUUGACUGCAGGGGACAUAAAAAACAUUUCCCUUCAGCAUUCCUUAUAAACAUGAAGAGGAAACCCAUAUUUAACAAACCAAUAUAGAGUUACCCAUCACUCAGAUUUAACUAACAAAAUUAAACACGGAGACAUGAAACAUGUUCAAUAUAACAGUUUGUCUUUUCCCCCCCCAAGUUCACAUCAGAUAUUAAAGAACAUGCCAGACAGCAUUCUGGAGGAGAUUUUUAUAAAACGGUCCCAGCAGAAAAAGAAGACCUCACCUUUAAACUUCAAAGAAAGGCUGUUUGUACUCACUCAGGAUAAGAUAUCCUACUAUGAUUAUGAUGCCGAAAAAGGGAAGAGGAAAAGCCUGAAAGGUUAUGUGGACAUUGAAAAGAUCAGAUGUGUGGAGAUUGUUUUACCAGAAGACAGCGCACCUCCUGACCGACUCUAUCCAUUUCAGAUAAUCUAUGAUGAAGGUCCUCUUUAUGUAUUUGCUAAGUCAGAUCAGAUUCGAAAGCAUUGGAUAAAUGAGUUAAAAAAUGUGGUGCGAUUCAACAAGGACCUUAUACAGAAAUAUCACCCAUGCUUCUGGGAGGAUGGCAUAUGGAAGUGCUGCCAGCAGGAGAUGAAGCAGGCAAUGGGCUGCAGGGUGCUGGAGACCAAAAAUGGAGGGUUUUUCAAAAGAGGUUCGAAGAAUCGUGAUUCAAGGAAGCCGCUCCCACCAACACCAGAGGAGGAAAAGCCGCCCAGGCCUCUGCCCCCCCAGCCACCCAUGCUCACCCCAGGCUUCAGUGCGGGCAUGACUGUUGUAGCUGAAUAUGAAUAUGUACCAAUGACUCCCCAUGACUUGGCACUGAGAAAGGAUGAGGAGUACACACUCUUAGAAAUCAAUGAUCCCAAUUGGUUUAAAGCUAGAGAUAAAUACGGAAAUGAAGGAUACAUCCCAAGUAACUACAUCGCUCAGGCCUUAAAUGGAUUGGAGAAAUAUGAUUGGUACUGCAAGAACAUCAACCGCAGCCAGGCAGAGAAUUUGCUGAAAACAGAAAGUAAAGAUGGUGGUUUUUUGGUGAGAGACUCUGGCAAAUUCACUGGAAAAUACACUGUCUCUGUGUUCACCAAGGCUGGUGGGGAGACUGUUGGCAGCUGCAGACACUACAACAUAUGCGUCACCGCAGAAGGCCAGUUCUAUUUAGCGGAGAAGCACAACUUCAGCACUAUCCCAGAACUUAUUAAUUACCAUCAGCAUAAUGCAGCAGGUCUGGUGAGCAGACUGAAAUACAUAGUGUCAAAUCGAGCUCAGAGUGCUCCCUGCACUGCUGGUCUGGGUUAUGGAAGUUGGGAGAUUGAUCCCCGUCAGCUUACGUUUAUCAGAGAACUUGGCAAUGGUCAGUUUGGAGUGGUAAAGUAUGGGAAAUGGCAAGGCCGUCAUGACGUGGCCAUCAAAAUGGUCAAAGAGGGCUCAAUGUCGGAGGAUGACUUCAUUGAGGAAGCCAAGGUCAUGAUGAAACUGUGUCACGAAAACCUGGUUCAGCUCUAUGGCGUCUGCACAAAACAGCGACCCAUCUACAUAGUCACAGAAUACCUCGCCAAUGGAUGUCUGCUGAAUUACUUACGGGAUGUUCUGCAGCACCCCUCAAGUAUUUUGCUCCUUGAGAUGUGUAAAGAUGUCAGCGAGGGCAUGUCCUACUUAGAGGCCAAUCAGUACAUCCACAGAGACCUGGCUGCCAGGAACUGUUUAGUAGACUCAAAUGGAACCAUUAAAGUGACUGAUUUUGGAUUGUCCAGGUAUGUUUUGGAUGAUGAAUACACCAGCUCCGUAGGUUCAAAGUUUCCAGUGCGCUGGUCGCCUCCUGAAGUCCUCCUUUACUGCAAGUUCAGCAGCAAGUCGGAUAUCUGGGCAUUUGGCGUUUUAAUGUGGGAGGUGUACACUUUGGGCAGAAUGCCAUACGAUCGGUGGAACAACACAGAGAUAGUAGAGAAAAUUACUGCAGGUCAUCGGCUUUAUCGCCCACAGUUGGCCAAUGACAAAGUAUAUUCUAUUAUGAACAUUUGUUGGCAUGAGAGAGCAGAUGAACGGCCCACAUUCAACGAUCUUGUCAUGACCAUUAAGGAUUUGCUUUUCAAUAUGUGAUACACACAACUACUGUGCACCCCUCGACACAAGGAAGGAUACAGUCCAUCAUAUGCAAUCUUGUGUAUGAAAUAGCAAGAAUCAUUAUUUUUAUUGGUCUUGAAUAACCUCCUUAAUUUCUUUAAUCUGAGGAACCCAAUAAUGUGAAUUCAGAGUUACACACUUCUUGGAUAAAUUAGUAUGAGUUCAAAAUGUUACAAGAAAAAUAAAAAGGAGAUUGGAAUGUGAUUUCUCAUGUAACAUUGCAGUCUUUCCUUACAUUUUCCUCAAAGCUUUGGCAUAUUAUGAAAUUCCUUAUGAAAGUUUAAUAUCUAAAUUAAAAGCUACUCUUUAAUAUUAUUAAAAUUAUUAAUAAUAACCAGCAGCAACAACAAUACAAAUAAAAACUCAUGACUGUAAUGUACAUGUACAUAUAAAUAAUGACUGUGUAUUGAUUUUUUAUUGAUUUGUAUUUAUAUACAAACAAAUAUAUAAAUAAGUAAACUUUAGUAAAACAAAGUACGAUCUAGAAUAAAUCUUCCAGUCUUGAUGUGUAAAUAUUUGUUUUUUUCACCUUCUCUUCUGUGGUUGAAAUUUGAUGGCUAUUUAAUUAAAGACUACACUUUGUCUUUUUCAUCUGGCUGUGUAUAGAAUAAAAUGAGAGCAGUUUCCAAUA